GAAUGCGGUGUAAGCAAGCAGGCAGGCAGGCAGGCAGGCAGAACCGAACAUAUUCCUUCCUUUCUUGGUACCCCAAUUCCCUUUCCUUUUCCACCAUUUUCAGAUUCCAAGAAAAGCACUUCCAAUCCUUAUCUGAAAAGUGCUGUGGUAAUCGCGAUGAAUUCAUACGCUGAAGUGGGCGGUGUUGGUCAUCAUAAUCGUAGCUCGUCUCUUAGUAUCACUGCUGAAAGCCCACCGGAAGUCGAUUCUGAUGUAGAGAUAACAGCUGCCGGCCAAGAGCAGCAACAUGUCGGUGUAUCUUCAGAGUCUACUGAUAAAAGUCGUCCUCAUGGAAGUUCAACUCCAGAUAAAGAAAAAUCAGAGACAAUCAUGAGUCUGCAUGUAAGGCCUCAGAGAACUGAACAAAAGAAAACUCAUGGCAUACUUGGAGCAAAGUUUUUUGACAGUAAUGUUUCUACAAGAAAGAAGCUCAAGUGGUUGAACCGACUUGCUAGUGUUCGAGCUGAUGGUACUGUGCAAUUUGAAAUUCCAGAUGAAAUUAGGCCACAAAGUUUGGAUUUUGACACCACAGUGGUCAUUAGUGGAGCUACUGAAGAUGAAGAUUUUGAUAUGACAACUAUUCGAGAUUUCCGUCCAUUGCAAAUUGUGAUGCUUAUUGUUGGAACAAGGGGAGAUGUGCAACCAUUUGUUGCCAUUGGAAAAUGUUUACAGGAGUAUGGUCAUAGGGUGAGACUAGCAACACACUCGAAUUUCAAGGAAUUUGUCAAGGCUUCUGGGCUGGAAUUUUUCCCUCUAGGCGGUGAUCCCAAAGUCCUUGCCGGUUAUAUGGUGAAGAACAAAGGAUUUUUGCCAUCAGAACCUUCAGAAAUACAUAUGCAGAGAAGUCAAAUAAAGGAGAUCGUAUUUUCCUUAUUUCCCGCAUGCACUCGUCCUGAUCCAGAUACAAAUGUUCCAUUUAAUGUAGAUGCUAUAAUUGCUAACCCGCCGGCAUAUGGUCAUACUCAUGUUGCAGAGGCACUUAAAGUUCCAAUCCACAUCUUUUUCACUAUGCCAUGGACGCCUACAAGUGAAUUUGCACAUCCUCUUUCACGGGUUAGACAACCUGUUGCAAAUAGACUGUCAUAUCAGAUUGUUGAUUCAUUAAUUUGGAUGGGGAUUCGAGAUAUAAUUAAUGAGUUCAGGAAGAAAAAGCUGAGGCUAAGACCUAUUACGUAUUUAAGUGGUUCAAAUAGUUCUCCCCAUGAUUUGCCUUAUGGAUAUAUCUGGAGUCCACAUCUUGUCCCCAAACCAAAAGAUUGGGGUCCUCAUAUUGAUGUCGUAGGCUUCUGUUUUCUAGACCUUGCAUCAAAUUAUGUACCUCCAGAUUCACUUGUGGAAUGGCUUGAAAAUGGUAAAAAGCCCAUCUACAUCGGAUUUGGUAGCCUUCCUGUUCAAGAUCCUGAUGGAAUGACAGAGAUAAUAGUUAAAGCCCUGGAAAUUACUGAACAGAGGGGUAUAAUUAACAAAGGCUGGGGUGGCUUGGGAAACCUGGCAAAGUCAAAAGAUUUUGUGUACUUGCUGGAUAAUUGUCCGCAUGAUUGGCUAUUCCUACAAUGUGCUGCUGUGGUUCAUCAUGGUGGUGCGGGAACAACUGCUGCUGGUCUUAAAGCGGCGUGUCCAACGACUGUGGUUCCUUUCUUUGGAGACCAACCGUUUUGGGGAAGGCAGGUGCAUGCUAGGGGAGUAGGCCCCCCUCCAAUUCCUGUCGAUGAGUUCUCACUUAAGAAAUUGGUUUCUGCGAUACAGUUCAUGUUAAAACCAACAGUGAAAGUAUGUGCUACUGGACUGGCAAAGGCCAUGGCGGACGAAGAUGGGGUUAAAGGUGCGGUAGAUGCCUUCCAUAAACAUUUUGCUCGUAGGAAAGCCAAGCCCGAGCCUACUGAACCACCCAGCAACUUCUCUGUCAGACGCUGUUUGGGCUGCACCUGAUAUGAUGAUAUUCAUUCAGGUAUUGUGUCAAUAUUUGUGAAAAUGUUGUAGAAAUUUCUUUUUGUUGUCAAGUGUUUCUAGUUCUUUAAGUUCCUUUUUCUGUUACCAUUUUGUUCAUUUGUGAGUAAUACAUACAUACAGGGAAUAAAUAAACAUCAUGAAUCAAAAGUUUGUAUGGUUUAUGGUGAUCAUCGAUUUUCUUUCCUUUCCUUUUCUGAACUUUAAACAAUCAGUUACAGAAAUGUCAGCUUCUGAUUGGUCAACAGACCGACUGCUUUCUCUUUUAUUUAUUUUUACAAUUUUGCCAUUUUAGAAAUGUAAAAGUAAUUCUUUUUCCGAUAUGAUUUCAUGUUUUGAAUUUCACCUCUUAUCAAUGUUAUUUCAUGUUCCAAACUUUAGGGUG